GCCUGGACUCUUGCAAGAUCUCACUUUCCCUUCGACACAACCGCCCACUGUCUCGUCAGCCCCCCGGCGGACAUACAUCGCACAGGCUAGAGAACGAUGCGCCUUUCCCGAUCCGCAUAAGACCGUUCCGAACCGAGUGCCCCGUCUGCAACUUGGGCUGGCGCAUUGGAAUAAAGCCGUCCCACCCCCACGCAUCUUUUCGGCCAUCAUUCAAGCUGAAGCCGAACCUGUGCCUGCACCACCGCAAUCAUGGGCGCAGCAAUGAAAGACCCCGUGGAGAAGAGCGGAGGGGAUCCCGUACAAGCCGUGAAGCAGUUGCUCAGGACAGUCGUCCGGAUGUUCUACGAGACUGAGCACAUCGUCAUCAUGGACGCGCUCUGCUAUCACGGCGCACUGCCUGUGGCCGACAUGACCAUCAUCCUCGACGCAGGCAAGAAUUCGAAACAUGUCAGCAAGGUUGCGGGUAAGCUUCGGGAGGCAGGGCUGUGUUCAUCCUAUACUCAGCAUGUCCUGCGCCAAGGUGCAAAUAAGGCAUCAAGCAGAGAGUUCUUCUACAUCGACUGGCGCCGCGCCGUCGACUCGGUCAAGUACAAGAUUCACAAGAUUGACGAAGGCAUCAAGAGGGACGCGAAACCCACCACCGAGAAACCCGAGUUCAAAUGUCUGAGAUGUAAAUCCACGUACACGACCAUGCAAGCGCUUGAUCACCCCGAUACGAACCCUGGGCCAGACGACAGCGGCUUCAUUUGCGCCAGAUGUGGAUUUCGAUUAGACGAGAUCGACCAAGACAUUCAAGCAGACGACGUCGACGAUACCCCGGCCAAGUUCAAUAAGCUGUUUGGCCCGCUGAUCGAGAUGAUGUCAAAGAUUCAGGACAUGGGCAACCUUCCGGCGUUGGAACCGCCGGACAUCAUUAGCGAAAGGAUCGAGCUCCCUCGAGAUAGGAAUGUCGACCCUGGUACGCAGGUUGAGGUUAUUGAGACGACGGUUUCACGCCCAACCGCCGUCAAGGGUAUUGACACAGGCCCAGAGAAGAUCAAUGUGCAGAUCGGCUCGAGUGCAGAGCAAAACGAGAAGCAGCGAGCGGCAGACCGGGCUCGUCAGGAAAAGAUAUCCAUGCAGAACCAGCUUCCUACUUGGCAUACGAAAUCAACUGUCAUAAAAGAUGCGGCAGGGAACACGACGACUGUGAAGCAAGAGGCAGACGGAAUCGACAAUCCCAGUAUCAAGACGGAGGCAGGGGACACAAUGGGCACUAAUCAGAACCUUGAUGCGGUCUUCGCCCAGAUCGAAGCCGAACGCCGCAGGAAGGAGCAGGAGGACGAGGACGAGGACGACGAGGACGACGAUGAGGAUGAGUUUGAAGAUGUCGAUGUGGGCACGCCCAGCGCUCUACCGGAUGCAAAGCGCGUCAAGCUGGAAUCGUCCGCCGCUCCAACUCCCUCGGCCGCUGCAACACCAGCAGCUGCAACCCCCGCCGCAUCCAACGGUGGCGAUGAAAGCGAAGAGGAUGAAUUCGAGGAUGUAAACUGAUUGAUCACAUAGCGAUGGCGUUUGUUUGUCCAGGUUGUUGGUCUCUGAAAGCAUUGUCGGAUGGCGUGUCUUUGCAACGGCGUUCUCGCAUACACUGGGCUAUGUUCACGGUUCGAAGCACGGAAAGCGUUUAUUUAGAUUACAAGUACCAAUUGAGAUAACUUGACACUCUUG